CUGAAUGUAAAUCCUUGAAAGUGCUUGAUUUGGGAAACAACCACUUAACUGGUACAUUCCCUCACUGGUCAGCUAAUCUUCAACAUCUCCAGGUUCUUGUUCUCAAAUCCAACAAGUUGCAUGGUCCCAUAGAAACCUCUUCAAUCGUUGAACACCCAUUUUCAAGUCUCAAAGUGCUCGACUUAUCUCAAAACAAGUUURUAGGCCAUCUCYCUCGAAACUAUUUUCAAAAUUUUGAUGCGAUGAAGAAUAGGGGGGAUAAAAAUCGCACAAAACCGGAAUAUUUGCGCAUUGGCAAGUUCUACUCUAUCACUGUUGCGGUGAAAGGUUCGGAACUUCAAUUUCCAAAAAUUUCAGUUGACUACACAAUUGUUGAUCUAUCUAGUAACAUAUUUGAAGGAGRGAUUCUAGAUGUCAUUGGUAGUCUUARCUCUUUGAUAGUGUUGAACUUAUCCCAUAACAACCUCAAUGGUCGAAUCCCAAAAGCUCUAGGAAAUCUCCUAAAGAUCGAGUCGUUAGACCUAUCAUGUAACCAGCUAAAAGGAGAGAUCCCUCAAAGUCUUGCCUUUAUCACGGAUCUUGAAGUCUUAAAUCUCUCGCAAAACCAUCUUGUGGGCCGUAUUCCUGACGGAACACAGUUCAGGACAUUUAAAGCAACCUCAUUCGAAGGGAAUCCGGGACUAUGUGGGUUUCCGCUGCCAAAGUGUGAACAUCAGAGUGCCCCACAGCUUGAAGUCGAUGCAGACGAGGAGAGUGGAUUUACAUGGAAAGUGGUGAUGUUGGGAUAUGGAUGUGGAACCUUACUUGGAUUUGGGAUGGGAUAUAUGAUGUUGUCAACGGGAAGACCAAAAUGGUUCAAUGCAAUUGCUGAUGAAAUAGAGCAUAUGAUCAUGCAGAGACGGAAGAAGAGAAGACAUGUUUAUAUUGGAAAAUGAAAUCAAUUCCUUAAGUAACUGGUGCGUUUUUUGCAUUAAUUCUUAUGUAAUCAAAUUCUGCUAAACACCUUAUCAUUGUUGUUGUCUUCAAACGUUUGUGAUGCAGGUAGUGAGAUACAUCAAUAAGAUACAUCAGAUCAUUUCCUGUAUCAACCGCAAUUCCUGAGGGUCCAGAUUUCCUCUCAUGCUUCUGACCUUUAACUCUUUUCAUAAAUACUCACAAUCAUGCAUGUUUUAAAUAACCACGAUGUACAAAGAUAUCACACACGAGUAUGAUGAAUAGUAAUGAAUAUUAGCAAAUGCAAUUAAAAUGAGGCUUG